AAGAGCUAUCGAUUAUUUCUACUCUUCUGCGGUAUGUGGCCGUACGACGAGUCAGUAACAAAACUGAUCCUGAGGGUUCUAUACUCGAUGAAUACUGUAUUCUUCCUACUGCUUCAGAUCAUCACAAUAUUCAACUCGGAAGUGUUUCUCGAUUUAUUAAUUGCGUUAGCUCCAGGCAUAUUUCUUGAGCUACCAAUAAUAGUGAAGUUUCAUUUAUGUUGGAUAAAAGAUGAUUAUUAUAAGGAGAGUUUCGACCACAUGAGAAUUGAUUGGGGCAGAUUAAAAGAGGCUGAGAAAUUACCGUUGAAACAAGCGUAUGGAGAAUUUGUAUUUUAUUCUAAAUUCCUUUUCUUGUUCGCCUACGCGCCAAGUGUUUUAAUCAUGGUAUUCCUAUUUUUUCCAAAAAUUACUUCUUUCGAUGUUCCUUUGAAUCAAUCACGGCCUAUCGACUUAAAUUUUCCAAUCGAGUAUUUCGUCGAUCACAACAAAUACUUCUAUCCUGUCAUAAUUCAUAUAAGUCUGUCAGUUUUGUUAUUAUCAACUGUACAGAGUGGGGUCGAAGUCUUAAAUUGGAUAAUACUACUGCAUAUGAUGGGAAUGUUCCAUCUACUUGGGUACUUGUUGGAACAUCUAUUCGACAAGCCAGAAAAUACCAAUGAUAACAUUGACUUGAAUACGGUUUAUUACGGAAGAAUAGUUCAUAUUAUAGAUGUGCACAAAAGGAACUUAAAACUAGGCGACAUAUUGGCGCGGUGCUAUCUCGAAUCCGGAAUAAUUCAAAUGUUUCUGAUUAUACUCUGUAUUACUAGCAUAUUGUUGAAAUUGAAACGUAUUGUGUCACCGAUAGAGGACAUUCGAGUUGUUAUCGGUCACUGCACAUUUUCCAGUAGUGUUAUAAGUGCCACAUAUCUCCUUCUACUGAUACCACAAAAAGUACAUGACACCAGUAGCGACAUGUUUAUCAAGAUCUACUGUGGACGUUGGUACAUGGCUCCAAUAAAAUCUCAAAAAUUGUUGCUAAUUCCAAUGCAGAGAUAUAUGAAACCGUAUAAGCUCCAAUACAAAACCUUAAUAAUCGCGUAUAGCCAAACAUUCGCAAAGAUAGUGCAAGCUAGUUUCUCGUACUUCGCGGUCUUAUAUUCUUUACAAGAUUAAUACUGAGGAUGAACGUUCAUUAAUUGUUCAUUCAAUCAAAUUUCAACGUAACAUCGUACAAUGUGGUGGAGUAAUAAAAUGGGUUAGGUACGGUGAGCCAAUUAAAUCGACUAUGUUGUGUAAAUGUAAUCACGUCUUAAUUAUAGACUUGCUCGGUUCAAUACGAUUUUGCUACCCAAUGUGUUGUAUUUUGUAACUAUAAUAAUCG